AUAUAUUAUUAUUAUUUAUAAAUUAUUUAAUUUAUAAUAUAAAAAAUAUAACACUUGUUUAAUUUUAAAUAAUAAUAAAAAUUAACAUGGAUAAGAAAGUUAUCGGAGUUCUUGGUGGCGGUCAAUUGGGACGUAUGAUGAUGGAACCAGCCAACAAUUUAAAUUUAAAGGUCAAUAUUCUUGAUGCUAAAGGUGCCCCAGCUACUCAAGUUCAAGUCUCUGACCAUGUUGAUGGUGAUUUCAAGGAUGAAGCUAAAAUCCAAGAAUUAGCCAAGAAAUGCGAUGUUUUAACUAUGGAAAUUGAACAUGUUAACUGUGAUGCUCUUGACCGUGUUGCUAAAGAAAAUCCAAAUAUUGAUAUCCAACCAACUCCACAAACUGUUAGAAUUAUUCAAGAUAAAUUCCUUCAAAAGGAACAUCUUAAAAAUUUUAACAUUCCAAUUCCAGAGUACGCAAGUGUUACUGAUAAACAAUCUAUUUUAGACAUUGUUAACAAUAAAGGUUUUGGUUACCCAAUAAUGUUAAAGUCUAGAAAGUUAGCUUAUGAUGGAAGAGGUAAUACUGUUAUUAAUAACGAAAGUGAAAUUGAAAAUGCAAUUAAAACUUUGAACCCAACUGGAGCAGAUAAUGCUUUAUAUGUUGAAAAAUGGGUUCCAUACAAGAAAGAAUUAGCUGUUAUGGUUGCUCGUAGCAAAUCCGGUAACACUGUUUCAUAUGAAACUGUCGAAACUAUUCAAAAAGACAAUAUAUGUCAUAUUGUCUUUGCUCCAGCUCAAAUUGAUGGUUUAAUUCAAAAGAAUGCUAAAGCUAUUGCUGAACAAGCUAUUGCAUGUUUAUAUGGUGCUGGUAUUUUUGGUGUUGAAAUGUUCUAUCUUGAAAAUGGUGAAAUUCUCGUUAACGAAAUUGCUCCACGUCCACACAAUUCUGGUCAUUACACUAUUGAAGCCUGUGAAACAUCUCAAUUUGAACAACAUAUUCGUGCAAUUUUAGAUUUACCAUUAGGUUCUACAAAGAUGAGAGUUGGUGCUGCUGCUAUGGUUAAUAUCCUUGGUACUGGAGACGGUGAAGAAGGUUUAGCUGACACUCUUCGCCCAUGUCAAGCCUCUAUGACUAUUCCAGGUGCAACUGUACAUUUAUAUGGUAAGCGUGAAUGUCGUAAAGGUAGAAAAAUGGGACAUAUUACCGUUACUGCCGAUACUAUGCCAGAAGUCGUUGAAAAGGUUGAAAAACUUUUGGAAUAUAUGCCAAAUGGUAAAAAGUAUGAAUUUAGUAUUUCUCCUAUGGUUGCCAUUAUAAUGGGAAGUGAUUCUGACUUACCAACUAUGAAACCAUGUGCUCAAAUUUUAAAGGACUUUGAUGUUCCGUUUGAACUUUCAAUUGUUUCUGCUCAUCGUACUCCAGAUAGAAUGUUUGAAUAUGCUAAGAAUGCUCACAAGAGAGGUAUUAAAUUAAUUAUUGCUGCCGCUGGUGGUGCUGCACACCUUCCAGGUAUGGUCGCAGCUAUAACACCACUUCCAGUUAUUGGUUGUCCAGUUGCCUUAAGAGUUCUUGAUGGUGUUGAUUCAUUAUACUCAAUUGUUCAAAUGCCUCGUGGUGUCCCAGUUGCUACUGUUGCUAUUAAUAAUUCUACUAAUGCUGCUUUAUUAGCUGUUCGUAUUCUUGGUUCAUCUAUUCCAAAAUACUUAGAAAAAAUGGAUGAAUAUCAAACUAACAUGAAUAAAGAAGUAUUAGUUAAAGUUGACAAAUUAGAAAAGGUUGGAUGGGAAAACUAUCAAAAAUAAAUUAUUAAUCAUCUAAACAUUAUUUAAAUAUAUGUGUAAAAUUCUUACUACCUAACAUUAAAUGAAAUAAAUUGUUUAAAUAUAUUAUAAUGAAAUAAAUCAUUUAUUAAUAAAAUAAUGUUUAAUGCUAAUAUAAUAUUUUAUUAAAAUACAAUAUUUAAACAAUAUAAAGCAAAAACAAAAAUAAUAAAUAUAUAAACAAUAUAAAGAGUAAAAACAAAAAUAAACAGAAAACAUUAUAAUGCAAAUAAAAUAAAUUAUCAAUAAAAAUAUAAUAAAAUAAAUGAAUAUCUUAAAAAUAAACUAAAAAAUAUAUGUAAAUAUAUUAAAUAAUGAUAAUAAUAAAAUAAAAACAAAAAUAAUAACAGUGAAUAAAA